AUGUCGUUCGCGGCAAUCAACUCGACAGGCGUUGUUACGCGUCGUCAAAGCAACCGGUCUUCGAUGAAGCAAGAAUCUAGCGAUGCUACAGAAGCGAGCUUCGAGGACACGUUGGAGGGCAACUUGAGUAGAACGCAGAAUCGCAUGGGUGCACAAGAUGCCACGCAAAGCUACCAACAAUCUACACAUCCUCCUUGCCAUAGACCAUGUGCCCUGGUCCCAGCGCGUUUGAGGCAAGAAGCAACGCGCCUAAUGGCGAUGAAUGAGCUAGUGCGCAAUCGUGCACCUACGGCUCCUAGUAUCAAUGAAGUCAUUCAGCUUGCCAACUCUAUUGGUGCAAGUCUUGGGAACAACCCUGAAUACAAAAGAUCUGCUCGGGAACGCACGAGUAUUGCUCGUCCCAAUGCCUCAACGAUCCCUGCAAUCCCUCAGGUCACCACGAACCUUCGCCCUGAAGAUAUUCCCCGCUCGCCUGUGUACAUGCAGAUUCCGGUCGUAAGUCAGCUUCGGGGCAUCGGCCGAACCUCUGACAAUGGCUCGAUCCAUGAUCCUCCUCCUGCAAGCCCUAGUCCUAUCGAUGCCGUGGCAGCGUUCCUCAAUGGGAGGCCCAUUCCUAGUACUGGUGCUGCUCAGCAUGAGUGGUCGUUGUCAGAAUCAGAAGCCGAACAACCUCCAGCUGUCGAUAAUCAUGCCAUGGUGCUAACCAAUAUCCUCGACGCCAUUCGCCAAGGAGUCGAAAUAUAUGCUCGAGUGGCAAGUACACCAUGA